AUGUCUAGUUCGGUGAUAUUAGAUCUAUCAUUUAUUCAAAAUCAAUUUACUCGUUAUAUGUCAUUUGUAUUGCUUAUUUCUGGAACAAUUGGUAAUAUUCUUAACUGUCUUAUUUUCACUCGUUCUUCACUUCGAACGAAGUCCUGUUCAAUUUAUUUUUUAGCCACUAGUAUUGCUAAUUUAAUAGCACUCUAUUUCAGUUGUCUGACACGUAGCUUAAUCACUUUUGGUAUUUAUACAGCACCAAAUCAAGGGUUUAUCUAUUGUAAAGCACGAACAUUUCUUACAUACAUGGCUCUAUCAGCAUCAUCAUGGUUUAUAGUAGCAGCUUGUGUUGAUCGAUAUGCAUCAAGUUCUACUAGUGUUCGUAUACGUUCAUUUAGUCAAGUCAAAGUUUCUCAACGAACAAUUUGUGUUAUAUUCAUCAUAUUAUGUUUUAUUUGGGUUCAAAUGUUCGUUUGUUUUAAUGGAAAUUCAGAAGGUACCACUUGUUCUCCAGUGUCUCAAUUUUGUAAUACAUUCAACACUUAUAGUUUACUUAUUUUUUAUGGUCUUCUUCCACCAAUGUGCAUGUUUUUAUUUGGUUGGAUGACUAUUCAGCAUGUACGUCAUCGACCAAUUAAUCGUGCAAUAAAUAUAAAAGAUCGUCAACUUACUGUUAUGCUUAUUGUUCAAGUUUUAUUAUUUCAAAUUUUAUCAUUACCAAUAUCUAUUCAAAGAAUUUAUGCACUAAUAACUACAAAUGAAUCGAAAAGUGUAAACCGUAUUCAAAUAGAAAAUUUUAUUCUUCAAUUUGUUAAUUAUGCAGCAUUUAUGAAUACUACGACAUCAUUUUAUAUGUUUACACUUACGAGUCCAUUAUUCCGAAAAGAAUUAAAGUCUUUACUUUGCUUCUCAAAUCGACAACGAGUAAAUAUUGCACCGAUUCAGAUAACACAACAAAGAAUACAAAGGAAUACUAUUCCGUCUCGACGGCAACAACAACAACAAGCAAUAAAAGACGCUUAA